AUGGACAGCGCUAUGACUGGCGCGACGUCGACGGCACCUUCAGUGGCUGCGACGAGUUCAGGCAUCCACAAGGAUCGAGACUUACCACCUAUGUUUGACGGAGGCGACCCUCUUGCCUUCAAGCGCUAUCAGCGCGACUUGCAGCUGUGGCAGUUUGACACGGAGAUUCCAGAGAACAAGCAUGGAGUCAAGAUGCUCCGGCAGCUCACAGGAGCGGCUCGUGCCGCGGCAGAUGAACUGACGGUGGAAGAGAUCACGUCAGCUCAGGGUGCGGCCAAGAUCUUGGCCAAGCUCAAAGAUCACUUUGCACCUUAUCUGGAGUCAGCACUUCCCAGGGCUUUCGAGAAGGCGAUUUAUGCCGAACAUCGGAAGUCCAAGGAGUCCCUGCAGGAAUACGUGAUCAGAAUGGAUGGAGCUUUCAAGGAGCUUAGCGAUGAGGGAGUGGUGUUGAACGACACCGUGAAAGGCUAUGUGCUGUACAGGCACGCAAGCCUGACGCAGGUCCAGGAGGAUCAAAUGACAACUUGGACUUCUGGAUCCUAUGAGCGGGACAAGGUCAUCAAGGCUUUGAGAAAGUUAGAAAAGGUGCAUAGGGAUCAGAAAGUCAAAAGCUUUGUCACCGAGGACAUGGCAGGCGAGAGCAGUCAGGCGGAAGAGACCUAUGGCAUGUUUGAAGAUGAUGACGAUCCUAGCUAUGUGUGGGUCGGUGAAGGAGAUCUGAGCGAGGUCUUCAACGAGGAAGAUCUUCAGCAUGCGCUGGCCACGUACCAAGAGGUACGCAGGGCGAUCCGGGAGCAGAAGAUCAACAGGUCUUCUUGGAACAAAGGCAAGGGCAAGAGCUAUGGGAAAUUGCCAGGGCCUUUCAAGACCAAGGCAGACUUGGGGGCCAGAAAGGUCCACAUAGACAUGCUGAAGCUCAGAACGAAGUGCGCCAAGUGUGGACAGGUAGGGCACUGGGCCAAAGAAUGUUCCAGUCCACCUGACUCCUACGCGAGAAGCAAGGCAGACAGCAUGUCGGGCAAGUCAGGUUUCUUCAGCGCUAGCGUUCAAAAAGAUGCCUCAGUUUUGUGGGAAGGGUUGCAAGAACAUGGAAGUGUCAUCACCUUGGGAAGUUUUCUGAGGAAAAACCGACAUGAGGUGAUCAGCAAGAGCACUCAGUUUUGUGGAAUUGCCACCCAACCUCAACAUGGAGUGGUUGACACAGCAGCACAGUCCGGUUUGGUAGGCAUCAGGGCUUUGCAGAGACUAGAAGACACGUUGAACAGUCAUGGACUUUGUGUAGCAUGGAGAGAUAGGCAGGCUCAGGCAAGAGGUGUUGGCGGUGAAGCUAGCGUGGUAGGAGUUGCAGAAGUGCCACUAGGAAUUGGGGGAGUUUGCGGAGUUUUGGAAUGCACUGUAGUGGAAGAGGAUGUCCCACUGCUUAUUCCCAUUCGUCUCCUCCGAGAUCUGGGAGCACAAAUCGAUCUUGCAAAGAAUGAGAUGUUUUUGAAAAAGUAUGAAGUCAGGGACGACGAGAUGGCAGAGACGGAUCCAGUUCGCGCUAUGUUGAACUGGAAACUAGUGGGAAGCAAGAUGCUCAAGCAGAUGCGAGGUCAAGAAGGACCAUACGGGGAGGCAAGCGCUUGGCAGCCAGAUGGAUAUGCUUCUGGCUACUUACCGCCUCCCUUUCCAGCACCCAUGGCACCAGCAUUCAUGGAGAAGUCCAGCUACAUGAGCUCACCCAUGCAUAUCAGCAAGCAAGAACUUUAUGCCAUACAGAUCCAACAGGGGAUCUAUCUUGGACUCCGCAAGUGCGCCAAGACGCCCAACAAGUCUGUGGAGUCCUGCAAGCACCCCAUGAGCUCGCUUGCAGGAGCGGGCAACCAAGUGCAGAAGGAGGUCUGGUGUCAAGAAUGCCAUGCGCGAUGGAAGGUGGCCUCUACAGUUCCCACAAAGACCGAGGGGACACCGAAAGCUCAUGCAGGAAGAUCGAGUGCAGCCUCCAGCCUGGAGAGCCCAACUCCAAUGACUCCGGAGUCAGCUUGGAUCCGGGAGCCCCCAAAGGAGAUCAGAUGUCAAUGCAACUUGCCUGCCAUGCGACUCACGGUCAAGAAGGAUGGACCGACAAAGGGCAGGCACUUUUACAAAUGUCCCCAGCAUGUAUGCCAGCUGUUUGUGUGGGACCCAGAGGAGAUCAGGGCAAUGCAGCAGCAGCAACAGCCGGUGCCACCGAUGCCAACGCGACAGCAGUCCAGUCAGCAGAGCAAAGAUCUCGAGAGGGCCAAGGAGGAAUUGCAGAGGAAGGAGCUCAGGAUGAAGGAGAUGGAGGGCGAGAUGCGCCGUCUGCAGCAAGCAGCACAGGAGGUCUCCCAGGAAGCAAUACACCAGCAACAAGCGGCACUGCAGCAGCAACAGCAGAUUCACCAAUCACAGAUCCGCUACAUGCAGGAGCAGGUUCUGUGGAUGACUGCAGUGGCAGGAGAGGAGAGAAUGACAAAGGCGUUCCAGGACUCGCAGUUCCAGGAACAAAUUGCAGAGGAGACAGCAGUGCUGAGGAAGGUGAUGGAGACCCAGCAAGGAGAGGAGAUUCUGGUUGGAAUUUUUGAGGAACUCCCCGAAGAGGACUUCAUGAACGAGGUAGAUGGAGUCUUGAAAAAGGGGUGCAGGAAGAGGCUGAUCAGGGCACUGAGCAAUCCUAAGAUAGCAGAGGUGUACUCAACACCUCGCAUAACAGCCGAAGCAAGCAAACAAGGAUUGCCAACAGGAGGAGCCUAUGACCUGAAGAAUGGAUACGACCUGAACCUCAAAUCCGAUCAGGAACGAUGCUUCCGACGGCUAGAGGAAGAGGAUCCAGAUGUUUUGGUCAUCAGUCCUCCCUGCGGUCCUUUUAGCAGAUUGCAGGAAUGGAACUAUGGCAGAAUGGAGUUCCACAAAGCUAAGCUGAUGUUGCAAGAAGGGCUGCACCAUCUCGACUAUGCCAUGAGGCUCUAUGAAUGGCAAGUCAGAAGAGGCAAGAUAGCGCUCUUCGAGCAUCCCCGGGGUGCCAAAAGCUGGGAGGAGCCCAGGGUGCUCCGAUGUAUGAGCCUUCCAGGAGUGGAGGUAGUGGAAGCAGAUCAGUGCGCUUUUGGUCUGCGAGUUCGAGAGGAGGAGCACCUGAACCGAAAGCCCACAAGGUUCAUGGUAAACAGCAAGCACAUGGCAAGCAAGCUAGCAUUGCGAUGUAACGGCAAUCACCAGCAUCAGCCACUGUUACACGGAAGAGCCAAGCUAGCAGAGCAGUAUCCACAAGCCCUGUGCAAAGCAGUUGUACAGGGAGCAAAACAAGCACACCAACAGGCUGACACUCAGCUAGUGUUUGCAGCAGAAGAGGAGGAAGAAAGAGAUCUAGAAGACGAUCUCGAUGAAGCAGUGGAACAGGCAGGUGGCGAGGCGGUGCAGAGAUGGGCGGCAGGACAAAGCCUGCAGCUAGAAGAUGAGGAGGACGAGGAAGGUGGACAUCACAUGGAGUGUGCAGUGAGUCCAGAAGAGAAGAAGCUCAUCAGCAAGCUCCAUCAGAAUAUGGGGCAUCCUUCCACUGAAGCAUUCGCCCGAGCACUAAGGAUGGGAAGAGCCAGAGAUGAAGUCAUCAGGUAUGUGAAGAAGUCCUUUAAGUGCGACCUCUGCGAAAGACAUCAGAUGCCCAAGCCAGCAAGACCUGCGACAGUUCCCAAGUCUUAUGAAGCCAACCAGGUAGUUGGGGUAGACGUGCUCUAUCUACCUUGGAUAGACCCCAACGAGCAAGUGCCGGUCCUGAACAUUGUGGACUGGGGCACCUGCUACCAAAUUCUGGAACCAGUCCAAGGCAUGACAGCAGAGAAAGUAUGGACUGCGUUCCAGAGAGGAUGGAACAGAAUUUUCGGCAUGCCACGCAUCAUUGUGGCGGACCAAGGCCGAGAAUUCAUAGGAGAAUUCGCCAGAAAGGCUGGCGAGCAUGGCGCACUGCUCAGGCUCAUAGGUGCCAGGGCACCAUGGCAGAAUGGGCGCACCGAGAGGCAAGGAGGUGUAGCCAAGGGCAUUUUUGAGAAGCUGAGAGACCAGGUAGGGCCCAUCAAUGAAGACGAAUGGAUGCAGUGCCUACAUCAAGUUGAAGCCACGAAGAACCGGAUGUUCCACCGUUCCGGAUUCUCACCAGCACAACGCCAGCUUGGACAAAAUGUGAGGAUCCCAGGAAGUCUCAUGUCAGAUGACGACAUCGAAGCCAAGAUGCUGAGAGGAGCAGCAUCAACUGAUGUCAGAAGAGCACUGGAGAUCCGAGAUGCAGCACUAGAAGCAUUUGCAAGACACAACACACAAGAAGGAAUGAAGAAAGCCACCAGAGCUAGGGGCCGAACCACCAACACCUUCACACCAGGAGAGCUCUGGAAGUGCGCAUUGGAGCAAGUGAGGAAAGCCACCAAUGAAGAAGAAGCGGCAUUGGGACUUCUGAAAGAAGAAUUUGAAGAAUUGAAGGAGACGCUCAAGAGGAGACAAAGCAAAAGGGCUUUCAAAGACAUCACAGGAUGGGAGCUCCCACCCGAUGAAACUGAAGAAGAAGACGAACCUCCAGCACAGAGGAGGAGGUUAGCACAAGAAGAUGAAACCAGCUCAGCAUCAGCAUCAUCAAGCAGCAGCAGCAGCACGUCGACUGGAAGCAAUCCAGGCGAUGAGAACCAGCAAGAGCAAGCCCAGCAGCUGACACCAGAGGAGAGUCAAGAGCUUAGAGAAGCCAUAUCUGAGGAGCAAGCAUCAGCAGCAGCCAGAGCAGUGAUACACAACGAAAGGCUCGAUGGGACCAUUACAGCUAGACAGGCUGAGCAACAGUACGAGCCAUUGAGGAGGAGAAUGCAAGAGAGAAGGUCCGAGCCAUACCAGCAUCAGCACAUCACUGAAAACAAGCAAUGCACCACAGCACAGCAGGGCUACUUGCGAUGGCAGAAGCACUCUGAAGAAGUCUACAUCACACAGGGCCUGGCGGAGGAAGCAGAAGAGGGCGACAAAGAAUCCGCCGAUGCAUGGAUGGUAGAUUGGAAAAGGAAGACACUCAUCAGAGUGCAUCGAGAGUCCAGACUGAAGCCCUUCAAGCCAUACGACAAAGAAUGUCCUAUGAAACUUGGCGACCUCACGUCUCACAGAACCACCGUCAAGGUGUACGAAGAUGGAAGAAGAACCAAGACCAAGAGCAACUGGAGGCAAGAGGGCAGCGGAAGAGAGGAGGACGACAAGGGCCCCCCAAGACAAUGGAUCGGCUUCACAGAGUUCAAGCUGAAGAAACAUGCUGACAUGAAACAAGUCAGAGCAUGUAUGGUGAAGAAGAACAGCAGUGAGCUCAGAGAAGAAGACAUUCCCGCCGAAGAAUGGCCGGAAUGGAAGAAAGCCGAUAAAGAAGAGUGGCAGAAGGUGUUGGACACAGGAGCAGUCAAGGUUCUCACAGAAGAAGAAUCAAAGCAGGUAGUCAAACAACUCCGCGAAGCGGGGACAGCCAGCAGAAUUCUGCCCUCAAGGAUUGUCAGAAGGUGGAAGCCUUCAGAACAGCCAGGCAAGGCUGCAACACGCAAAAGCAGAUGGUGCAUUAGAGGAGACAAGGAUCCUGACCUGCUGCAGCUCAACAGAUACGAAGGAUUGCCCGGAAUGAGCUCCGAGCAAAUCAUAGAGGUGCUGGCAGGAGCAUACGGAUUGGGAGAUGCUCCAGCUCACUGGCGCAAGUCUCUCAAGAAAGUUUUGAUUGCAUUAGGGUAUAUGCAAUCAGAGAUGGAUCCCUGCACCUUCAAAUACUUCGGCACAGACCACAAAGGCAACAAGGUGCUCAGGGGAAUCAUCAUAGUGGAGGUGGACGAUCUCUUGUGCUUUGGAGACCAGAUGCAUGAUGAGAAGCUGGCCGAGCUGAGACAGCGAUUCAACUUCGGCAAGUUCGUAGAAUUGUCACAAGAGGCAGAAGGAGCAUCCUUCAAUGGAAGGAGGAUUAGAGCGAUACCAGAAGGAGGAUAUGAAAUAGAUAUGACUAAGUUCAUAGAGGAGAGAUUGCAAGAAGUGCCACUUCAGAAAGGUAGGAGCACAGAAAAAGAAGAUCUAGCAACGGAGGAGGAAGUGGCAGCCACACGAGCGUCAGUAGGCGCCUUGACGUGGGCAGCAAAGGAAGGAAGACCAGAUUGCGCAGCAGGCGCAUCCCUGAUUGCAGGAUGUCUAAACAGACUCAAGGUGCAGGACAUCCUAGAUCUCAACAAGAUCAUCAAAGAGACAAAAGAAAAUUCAACCAUGUCCAUCAAGAUCCAAGCAAUCCCAGAGGACAGCAUGUGCUUUGGCGUCAUCACAGACGCGUCCUAUGCCAAUGCAGGCAUUGGAAGUUCACAAGGUGGUUUUGGAGUGCUAUGCUACGAAAAGGGUCUUGCCAAGAAUGGGUGUGCCAGAGGAAAUCUUCUGUACUGGCGCUCUGGGAAGAUCCAGCGUGUAGUUAAUUCUACGCUGGCAGCAGAGACACAGAGCCUUGCAAAGGGCCUUCAAGAACUGGCAUGGUGCGUCACCGUUUACAACGAGAUGAGCACGCCUGACUUUGAACUCAAGAAAUGGGAAGAAGCGGCCAAGCAGAGAAGGUUAGAAGCACUCACCAAGGAAGACAUCGAUCCGACCCUCAAAGAAGGUUUGUGCAUAGUGGAUGCAAAGUCCCUGUACGAUCAUCUAGUGAAGAGCACGGUAGGAACAACAGAUGACAGAAGAACUGCCAUCGAAAUGCAAGUCGUCAGACAGUCUCUGGCGGAAACCGCUACAGAGAUCAAGUGGGUCCGACAUGAAAGAAUGCUUGUAGACUGUCUCACCAAAAGAUUUGGCAAUCGAGGUCCACUGUACGAAUUUCUGCGUAGUGGAUGGCUGGACUUCAACUGCAGCCAAGAGAAAUUGAUAGGAGCGGUUCAUUGCCGAGCACCGGAAUAUGUGGAUGGUUUGUUGAAGGUGAGCCACAGCAUGAUGUGGGGCCGCGCCAUUGUGGAGGAGACCGUGUCGGAGCUCUCGGGCAGUAGUUGGGAGACCUUGGAGUGCAGGCAGUUGAGAGUGCUGCAGCUUGUGGCCGAAGUACCCUCCGAGAAAUGGGCCUGGAGGAACCAAGACCGUGCGCUCCUCAACGGCCUGCAGCCUCUUCCGCAGCGUAGAUGUGGAGGCACGACGGAGCAGGCCUUUGGUUCCUCCAAGUCCCUCACUUCCUUCGCGGCAUCCUGGGGCCAACCAAGCGAUGCCGCGAACCUUCGCGACGUUGGCGACCGGGACGAGGACUUAGAGCCAGGUCACGGCGCUGCGGAGCUGCUGCUCGGCGUUUCGACGUCCUUUCCGACGGCGGGCGCGCAGCUGACGCUGAGCGCCGCGCUGCUGCGCUGCGCGGGGAUGCUCGUUACGAGCGGCGUGACGGAGGACUUCUCCAGCUGCCUGUCCCUGGCACGUCCGGCGCUGGCACUGCUCCACGGCGAAGAAAAAACCCUGGCGGAGGCCGCGGCGGAAGCGACGGCGUCGGCGGCGGGCAGCUGCUGGGGCAAAGCGCAGGAGGCCUUUAGGACGUUCGGUAACCUCUGUAGCUUCAGCGCCUGUGACUCCGCGCUGUUGCUUCACAACGCAACACCCGAGGCCUGGGAGAAACUUUGCAGGCAUCUGGAGGCCAUCAGUAGCAGCCUGGGCACCAUUUUGCCGUGCCUGCGCCUGAAUUUUCAUCCGCCCCCAAGGGCCGGCGAGGCUCCGGCGGAAGGUGAUGGCCUUGGUGGCCCCUAUGGGCUGGGCAGCUAUGGAGCGCGCAGCCUGGGAACGUUGAAUCAGAUGUUUUUGGUGCUGAGUGUGGUACUUCUCUGGCUUGGCACCGCCCUUCCAAAGUCCUCUAAGAAGGCAAAGGCUGACGAUGUCAUCCAUCAAAGUCGCCUCGCUCUGCGCGACACGCUGCAGUUUGUCCAGCGCUGCCUCAACGAACUGCAAGCAGAUUUACAGUCUGCGGCGAAGUUGGAGAGUGCCAUUUCCAACGAGGCGGUUCAAGCUGCAUGCAUCUUUCGCGACGUUUUAAAAGGCUCAGUGCUGGAGCAGCUUCAGUCCCUGGAGGUGCUGCCCGGGCUCUUGGAGGCGCAUCGCACGCAGCUGAAGAGUCUGGCCGAGCUCAUGGGACAGCGCCUGGCGCUGCUGAAGUCGAAAGCAUUCAAGCCAUGA